AUGCCUCUGAUCUACGGUGAAGGGAAAGCGAAGGCAGUCCAGCGGCUCCGAGAAGAGAUCAACAAAGCCUCUAAAGGUGUUCAACUUGAAGAUUUCGCAGUAACCUUCAGCCUCACGGGUGUCCCUGAAAUUGAAGACUUUGUGGCCAGAAAACAAGAGCUUGCACAAAUGCGCGAGCAACUCCGAAGCAACGGCAGUCGUCGGACAGUUGUCGUCAACGGCUUUGGUGGGGUCGGCAAGACCCAGUUAGCUAUUGCGUAUGCGAAACUAUACAAGGACAGCUACUCGGCUGUGUUCUGGAUGAACAUCAAGGAUGAAGACUCUCUGAAACAGAGUUUUGUUAGGGCAGCUCAACAGAUCCUUCGAGACCAUCCCUCUGCCCCUCGCGUUAGCAGCAUCGAUACGAAGGAUCUUGACGAAGUGAUCGCUUCUGUCAAGGCAUGGCUGAGUCUCCCAAACAACACGCGUUGGCUACUAAUCUACGACAACUACGACAACCCGAAGCUGCCAAGCAAUUCAGACCACGCAGCAGUAGAUGUCCAUGAGUUUCUUCCCGAAGCGCACCAAGGCUUUAUCAUUAUCACCACCCGGUCAACAGAGGUUAAAAUUGGCCAUGAUAUUCGAGUUAGAAAGAUGGAGGAUGUGCUCGAUAGUAUCGAGAUUUUGUCAAAUGCAUCAAACCGAAAAGACCUGAUACAUGACACCGACGCCCUGAGCCUUGUCCAAGUGCUAGACGGCCUCCCCCUUGCACUUGCUACGGCUGGGGCAUACCUUGACCAGACUACAACCAGUUUUGCGGAGUAUCUUGAUCUUUACAAGGAAUCGUGGGCAAGACUUCAAAAGGCUAGUCCACAACUAGGUUCAUAUGAAGACCGAACACUUCACUCCACAUGGCAACUAUCAUUUGACCAUAUCCAGAAACAGAACGAGGUUUCCGCCAAGUUUCUCUGCUUGUGGGGAUACUUCGAUAAUCAAGAUAUCUGGCUUGAACUUCUCCAACACGACGACGUGGACAACCCAUCAUGGCUCAACCAAAUCACCAAGGACAGGAUAAGCUUUGAUAGCACAGUUCGAGUGUUGAGUAACUACGGGCUGGUAGAGGUUCAUUCAUCUUCCGACGAACAGAUCGAGUCAAAAGGGUACAGCAUUCAUAGCUGUGUUCACCAGUGGAUAGUGCACAUUCUAAACCAUGAAACGGACAACGACCUAGCAAGACUAGCUAUAACACAUGUGGCAUCACAUGUUCCUGGCAGCAAAUCAGAAAAAUGGUGGCUUAUUCAACGACGGCUUCUUCAGCAUGCAUCAAGGAGUUCCUUUGCCGUUCUGAAGAAGUCGAUUACAAUGGAUGAGCUAGAAGUGGCAUACCAUAACCUAGGCCUUCUUUACUCGGACCAAGGCAAGUUGAAUGAGGCAGAAGAGAUGUACCAGCGGGCUCUGCAGGGAAAAGAGAAAUUGCUUGGGCCUAACCACAUCUCAACUCUUGACACAGUCAACAACCUAGGCAACCUCUACUCAGACCAAGACAGGCUAAAGGAGGCAGAAGAGAUGUACCAGCGGGCGCUGAAAGGCUAUAAGAAGGCGCUUGGGCCCAACCACACCUCAACUCUCGACACAGUCAACAACCUAGGCAACCUCUACUCGGAUCAAGGCGAGCUGAAGGAGGCAGAGAAGAUGUAUCACCGGGCGCUGCAGGAGAAAGAGCAAGCGCUUGGGCCCGACCACACCUUGACUCUCGAUACAGUUCACAACCUAGCCAACCUCUACUCGGAUCAAGGCAAGCUAAAGAAGGCAGAGGAGAUGUACCAGCGGGCGCUGGAAGGGAAAGAGAAGGCGCUUGGGCCUGACCACACCUCAACUCUCGACACAGUUCAUAACCUAGCCAACCUCUACUCGGAUCAAGACAAGUUGAAGGAGGCAGAAGAGAUGUACCAGCGGGCGUUAAGGGGCUUCAAGAAGGCGCUUGGGCCCGACCACACCUCGACUCUUGGCACAAUUAACAACCUAGGCCUUCUCUACUCAAAUCAAAACAAGCUGAAAGAGGCAGAAGAGAUGUACCAGCGGGCGCUGCGGGGCUAUGAGAAGGUGCUUGGGCCCAACCACACCUCAACGCUUGACACAGUCAACCACCUAGGCCUUCUCUACUCAGACCAAGACAAGCUGGAGGAGGCAGAGAAGAUGUACCAGCGGGCGCUGCCAGGCUUUAAGAAGGCGCUUGGGCCCGACCACACCUCAACUCUCAACAUAGUCCACAACCUAGGCAACCUCUAUUCAGACCGAGGCGAGCUGAAGGAGGCAGAGAAGAUGUACCAGCAGGCGCUAAAGGGCUAUGAAAAGGCGCUUGGGCCCGACCACACCUCAACUCUCAACACAGUCCAUAACCUGGGCCUUCUCUAUAAAGACCGAGGCGAGCUGAAGGAGGCAGAAGAGAUGUACCAGCGGGCGCUAAAGGGUUACGAGAAGGCGCUUGGGCCCGACCACAACUCAACACUCGACACAGUUAACAACCUUGGCAACCUCUACUCGGAUCAAGGCAAGCUGAAGGAGGCAGAAGAGAUGUAUCAGUGGGCGCUAUAG